CUUCCUCCCUCUUCCUCCACCCCCCUCUCCUUGGCUGGUUUCAAUUCAACCAGCCACCCCAAACGCUGCCUCCAAUCACGGAGGCCGACGGCUCGCCCAUGCCGUCUGAAUAAACGGUGCGCGUGCGGAACGAGUGACGUGCCAUAGUAUAGCAUACUAAGUUGUAGGCCAUUUCGAGAUAGUAAUAGACUCACAUCGCAUGGCGCCUCAGUGGUGACUCGUAGUAGAGUUUUUUUCGCAGGUCUUUUCACACGGCCUGUGUCGUCGUGUACGAAAGCUAGUACCCUUUUCGCUAAAAUUUCGCAGCCAAUCAUGGGGAAGCCCUGGAAGGGCGCCACGUGGCAUUGGCGCGCUUUGAUCCUCACGCCUCUCCUUCUGACGCUCUGCUGGCUGACGUGGCCCGUCCUGCCGUCAGUCAACGUCAGCGUUGACGUCCAUUGGCCGCAGGAGCGUGGCUCCCGGGAUUCGAUCUCGCACCUUCUAGAUCUCCCCGUCCCGAUAAGAACCGACGCGAUACAACUUAGGACACAAGAAGGCGACGAAGGCCCAGGUCUUGUGAAAGCAGCAGCGGCUAACAGCCAAGUUGGAAUCGAGGGACCGACGGAAAGUGGAGAGAAUGCAAGGGUGGGAGAAACUGGAGUGGAAGGGGAUUCUGUGAGAAUCAACGCGCCUCACGGAGGCGUUAACUCGUUUGACUCCGUUGACCCGGGCAAGCGAAGGCGGUGGCGGCGGGGACCGGCGGGCCCGGGGGAAGCGGAGGACGCUCUGGGGAAGAUGCGCGCGGAGGACCGCGCGUUCCGCGUGCUGCCGCUGACGGUGAAAGCGAUGGCGGUGGCGAGCGCGUACCGCGUGGCGGAGGGCAGCUUCGUGGUGAUCGGGGAGUUCCUCACGCCCGCCAUGGUCUACCUGAAGCGCGCGCUGGUGGACGAGUGCGUGUGGGAGGGCGAGACGGAGCGUGUGGUUGCUGCCGCGGAGUUCCUCUGGCUGCGGAAGGAGGACUACCACGGCACGCCGUGGGCGCCCGUGAUUAUACGAUGCACGUUCGCGCGGCCCGUGGGGAGUGACAAUAACGGGGGCUCGCUGCUGCUGAGGCGGCGGGGCACGGAGGAGCCGAGGAUGAUUGUAAAGAAGUUCCCGUUAGUAAUACAAGAGACGGAAAUGGAGGUGCUUCGGGAGGAGCCGGGCGCAUUUAAGCUUAUAACGCAGCCGCCUAAAUAUGAGUUGGCGCACUGCAGCGGCCCCAUUUAUGGUCACCUGCGUCCCCGCGCCGUCUCCGAUUGGCUGCACUACCACUCGCACGCCGUGGGGAUUCAACACUUCUUCCUCCACGAUUUCGGGUCUAUAAGCGGCGAUUACUCUUCCGCACCAGCUGUUUCACCCUCGACAACAGCAGCAGCAGCAGCAGCAGCAGCAGUAGAUGCUCAAAGGUCUGGUGCUGCUGCCGCAAACAGGACAGGCAGCGGAGCAGCAGAGGAGCCGUCGCUGGCGGAGGCAGUGGCGCCGUUUGUGGCGCGCGGGCUGGUGACGGUGACGCGGCUGUUUGGGCAUGAGCGGUUCCGGUCGCACUACUGGCACCAGGUCAUGACGCAGAACGACUGCCUCCACCGCGCUCGCUUCACUGCCAGGUGGCUCAUAUUCACGGACAUAGAUGAGUACAUCUUCACACCACCUCCCGCGUCUCUCUCUUCUUCCCUGGCUGCUCUCGCCCGCGCCAACCACGCGUGGGCGUCCAUUGGGGCGUACUGGGGCUUCAUCAGCCGCUGCCGGCAGAAGGUGCAGGACGACGCAAGCAGCAACAGCAGCACCAGCACCAGCAGCGGUGGCAGCGGCACCAGGAGCAGCACCGUCGCCACCGCUACCACAACACCCGGCACAAGCAGAAGCUCGAGGGAGCUGACUGAAACAGGAGUGGCACACGAGGGGGCACCACGUGAGGAAGUGCCACGUGAGGAGGUGAGGGGCUAUGAGGCCCAAGGGCUGGUGGAGAAGGAGCUUCUGAUAGAGUACCUUCCCAUGAGGAGCCGGCUGCCCAUCUGCUCCAGUGUCAACUUCAGUGAAACUUCCACCAUCAACAAAACCAAGGCUUUUUUCUGCCCGGAGCACUUCGGGCGGCGGAAAGUUGUCCUGGACCCGCGGAGAGUCGACCAGGUGACGGUUCAUGAGGUGUUGCUUCCGGGAAGUGCUACGGGGGAAGUGUGGAAUGCGUCUUAUGAGGCCGGCAUGCCUGUUCUUAUGCACUUCCGGGGCCUCCUUAAUCAAGAGAAGAUGCCGCGAUGCGUGAGGGUGAGAGUGGAGGAGACAGUGGGGAGUAGAGAAGAGGGAGAGCAGCUAAACGUGAUUGAUUUCACGUUCUCUGAUUAUGUUCAGCGAGUAUUGGCUGCGGUUCCAAGAACAGUUGGAUGAAAGAUUUAAUCAAUUGAUUGGUUUUCU